AUGCUUACUGAUUCCCCACGGCGGACAUUGAAGUCAUCGUGUUCGCCAAAAAGGAUAGAAAGCACGAAAACAUACUUACACCAGAAGAUAACACAAAAACUACGAACCAAGCACGAAGACAUAUUUACACCAGAAGACAACACAAAAGCUACGAACCAACUCAAAAUGACCCCUCCGCCCCACACCAGACAAAACAGAAUCAAGGGGAGAGAAGAGGCUAGCCUUGACUCCGACCACCGCAAGGCAGCAGCUGGAGCUUCCCGCCCCAUCCACGUCGCGUACGCUGGGACCACUUCAUGUCCUGAACAAGUCACUGCCUUCUGCAACCCUAGUUCCCACUUCCCACUCCCCGUUCAGUGCUUCAGCCGCUCUCGCCGCACCGUCCUCCGACGCUCCGACCACCACCCCACCGGCUUCCGGCGCUCACUCAUCUUCCCAAUUCCGCUCUCCAUAACCAUGGAUGACAGUUUGUACGAUGAGUUUGGUAAUUAUAUUGGGCCCGAAAUCGAGUCUGAUCAAGAGAGCGACAGGGAGGAGGAAAAUGAUGAGCUCCCUGAUAAUCCUGAGGAUGAGGAACCUGCGUCCGAUGACGAGCAUGGACCUGGAAAACCAAAUGGAUGGUUGACCACCUCUGAAGAUGUUGAGAUGGAUGGUCAGAUUGUCCUGGCCGAGGACAAGAAGUACUACCCAACUGCCGAGGAGGUCUACGGUGAGGAGGUCGAGACCUUAGUCAUGGAUGAAGAUGAGCAGCCGCUUGAGCAACCAAUCAUUAUGCCCGUGAAGAAUUUGAAGUUUGAGUUGGGGGUUAAGGACUCGUCGACCUAUGUGUCAACCCAGUUUCUUUUGGGACUCAUGUCAAACCCCACCUUGGUUAGGAAUGUUGCCUUGGUCGGGAACUUGCACCACGGGAAGACUACGUUUAUGGACAUGCUGGUUGAGCAGACUCAUCAUAUUUCGACAUUUGAUCAGGAGAGCGAGAAACACAUGAGGUACACGGAUACAAGGAUAGACGAACAGGAAAGGAGGAUAUCCAUAAAGGCAAUCCCAAUGUCUCUUGUUCUGGAGGACAGUAAUUCAAAAUCGUACCUUUGCAAUGUCAUGGACACGCCUGGUCACGUCAACUUUUCAGAUGAGAUGUCUGCUGCCCUUAGGCUUGCGGAUGGCGCGGUUCUGAUUGUAGAUGCUGCAGAAGGAGUUAUGGUAAAUACCGAGAGAGCAAUACGCCAUGCGAUACAGGAACGGAUACCUAUUGUGGUUGUAAUAAACAAGGUCGAUAGAUUGAUAACAGAGCUGAAGUUACCCCCAAAAGAUGCCUACCAUAAGCUAAGGCACACAAUUGAAGUCAUAAACAGCCACAUAACUGCGGCAUCCUCUACUGCUGGCAAUGUUCAAGUCAUUGACCCGGCUGUUGGAAAUGUUUGUUUCGCAAGUGCAACUGCAGGAUGGUCUUUCACUUUGCAGUCAUUUGCUAAGCUAUACGUUAAGCUGCAUGGCGUCCCAUUUGAUGCUAACAAGUUUGCUUCUCGCCUUUGGGGCGAUUAUUAUUAUGAUGCCGACACAAGAGGUUUCAAGAAGAAACAGCCGGCCAGUGGUGCCGAACGGUCCUUUGUCCAGUUUGUUCUUGAACCCCUUUACAAAAUAUACAGUCAAGUGAUUGGUGAACACAAGAAGAGUGUGGAAGCUACACUCGCUGAACUUGGUGUGACUUUGAGUAAUGCUGCUUAUCGUUUGAAUGUUAGGCCACUGUUGAGAUUAGCAUGUAGCUCGGUUUUCGGUAGCGCCACUGGGUUUACAGACAUGUUGGUUCACCACGUUCCAUCUGCUAAAGAAGCUGCACCUCGGAAGGUCGAGCACAUCUACACUGGGCAUAAGGAUUCCACAAUCUACUCGGCCAUGGAGGAUUGUAACCCCUCUGGUCCUGUAAUGGUUAACGUGACAAAACUUUAUCCGAAAUCGGAUUGCAGUGUCUUUGAUGCCUUUGGAAGGGUUUACAGUGGGGAAAUCAUGGCGGGCCAGACUGUACGUGUGUUGGGAGAAGGGUAUUCCCCGGAUGAUGAGGAGGACAUGACUGUAAAGGAGAUAACAAAAUUGUGGGUCUAUCAGGCUCGUUACAGGAUUCCCAUAAGCAAGGCUCCGCCAGGAUCUUGGGUUCUUAUUGAAGGUGUGGAUGCUUCCAUUAUGAAGACGGCCACACUUUGCAACAUUGAAACUGAGGAAGACGCUUUCAUAUUUAGACCCCUCCAGUUCAACACACUUCCGGUGGUGAAAACUGCCACCGAGCCUCUAAAUCCGAGUGAACUCCCAAAAAUGGUUGAGGGUCUUAGGAAGAUCAGCAAGAGCUACCCUCUGGCGAUUACAAAGGUUGAAGAAUCUGGGGAACACACUAUUUUAGGCACUGGAGAGUUGUAUCUGGAUUCCAUAAUGAAGGACCUCAGGGAGCUAUACUCAGAAGUGGAAGUGAAGGUGGCGGAUCCUGUUGUCUCAUUCUGUGAAACGGUUGUGGAAUCCUCUUCAAUGAAGUGCUAUGCGGAGACUCCAAACAAGAAAAACAAAAUUACCAUGAUUGCUGAGCCACUGGAAAGAGGACUUGCUGAGGACAUUGAGAAUGGUGUUGUAAAUAUUGACUGGCCAAGAAGGAAGCUUGGUGACUUUUUUCAGACGAAGUAUGAGUGGGAUCUGCUUGCUGCGCGCUCUAUUUGGGCAUUUGGUCCUGAUAAGCAGGGGCCAAAUAUUCUAUUAGACGAUACCCUGUCAGGUGAAGUGGAUAAGGCGUUGCUCAAUGCAUGCAAAGACUCUAUCGUUCAAGGGUUUCAAUGGGGGGCUCGAGAAGGCCCCCUCUGUGAUGAGCCCAUCAGAAACGUGAAAUUCAAAAUAGUUGAUGCCAAAAUUGCUCCUGAGCCGUUGAACCGUGGAACUGGUCAGAUAAUUCCAACUGCUCGACGUGUAGCGUAUUCGGCUUUCCUCAUGGCGACACCUAGGCUCAUGGAACCAGUAUACUAUGUGGAGAUACAAACUCCAUCAGAUUGUGUUUCUGCAAUAUACACAGUGCUGUCUCGUAGACGUGGCCAUGUCACCGCAGAUGUUCCGCAACCUGGGACUCCGGCCUACAUUGUUAAGGCAUUUUUACCUGUGAUAGAGUCAUUUGGUUUUGAAACGGACCUGAGGUAUCACACUCAGGGACAAGCUUUCUGCCAGUCGGUAUUCGACCAUUGGGCUAUCGUCCCUGGAGACCCGCUGGAUAAGGGUAUUGUCCUGCGCCCAUUGGAGCCUGCCCCAAUCCAGCAUUUAGCUCGUGAGUUUAUGGUCAAGACGAGGCGUCGUAAGGGAAUGUCUGAGGAUGUGAGCAGUAAUAAAUUCUUUGAUGAGGCCAUGUUUGCCGAAAUAGCCCAGCAUGCUGCCGAUAUCCAUCAACAAAUGAUAUGA